GCGCGCGCUCGCGCCGCCAUACAAAGGGGAGAGCAGUCGAACCCGGAAACUUGGAUCACGAUGAUGAUGAUGAUGAACCCAGACAGAGAUUUCCAGUUAAUCAGAAAACAGGAGAGGGCUCACUUCUUCAGCUCUAAGGAGCAGGACCUCAUUCUGAAGUUGUAUGAAGAAGAAAAGGAGAUCCUCACAGCUAAAUCAAACACCACCAGUGCCUCCAAACUGAGAGAGGAGGCCUGGCAGAGGAUCGCUGAUAAAAUAAAUGCGGUUUCGGACAGUGGCUAUAAAAGGUCGUGGCAGCAAGUAAAAGUCAAGCACAAAAACAUAAUCCAAACAGCAAAAAGGAAAAGGGCCGAGGCGAUGAGGGUCGACGGGGGGUCGGCAACCCCCUCCCUGAAUUCUGCAGAGGACGACGUGUUGCUCGGCAGAGAAAACUCCAUGAGAGUGGAGGUCCUACCUGGAGGCGCCUGCAUUGGCCCCAUCAGUGGGUCGGAGAGCUCCUUUAUGAGCAUGUCGGGGCACCCGGUCCUGCUCCUGCCCGUGACAAAGACGGAACCAGAGAGUCUGAGCGGUGAUGAGACGGACAUCAGUGAAGCUCAUUUCGAAGGGGAUGCUCACAACUGCAGUUUCCAGGAGGCGGGCAGCUCUGCAGAAGCUCCGACUGGUGUCAGAAGCACAGAGAAGCAGACGGAAGACCUGCGAGCUCUUUACUGCAGCUACCUGAAGAAGGAGAUCGAAAACCGCGACCAAGAGAUGGCGUACAGAGCUCUGAAAAUGAAGAAGCUGGAAAAAGAAAUCCUUCUACUGGACAAACAGCUGAUGUGAUCCUCAAGUGACUUUUAUUG